AUGAACAUUAGCGAGUUAUCCAAACAAAGUGGUUUAAGUACCCCAACGAUUCGUUAUUAUGAACAAAUUAAACUGCUUCCUAAGGCAAAACGUAAAUCUAAUGGUUAUCGUGAAUAUAGUGACAAUGACCUCAAACAAUUAUUUCUAAUUCAGCAAGCGCAACAAGUUGGAUUUUCAUUGGCUGAAAUCAAAGCCUUUCUACCGUCAAAUGUAGGCAAGUGGGAUCAUGAUAUUCUGAUUGGACUACUCGAAAGUAAAAUCAAAGACAUUGAAGAUCUAGAACAAAAGUUGUUGAUCAGUAAGCAAAACCUACGCAGCAUGAUCACUGCAAUCAAUAGUAAGCCUGACGAAAUCACCUGUGAAGAAAACGCCAACCGCUGUUGCAAUCCCCACCAUAUCGAUCCCACUGUCAAUGACUUGUUCUGCAAUGGGUUUGCGACGAAUACCACCAGUCACCAUAAUCGGCAUAUGGGCAACCUUGCCAAUUUCUUGAGCAAAUUCUAA